AUGGCGCCCAGCAGGGUCCCCAUGGCUGGCGCGGACUUGGAUGCUAUUCUCAAGCUGCUCCCUACCGUCGAAGAGAUCCCCAGCGAUGACCGCGCCAUGUUCGUGGCGGGCCUGCCCCACGCGCUGGCGCAGAGCCCCGAGUCCCGGCACGACUUCCAGGCCCAGUUCGCGGGCGUCGCGCGCGAGGCCCUCGCGGGCGCGGUGGCCGUGGCCGAGGCGCGCGUGCUGCGCUGCGGCGCGGACGUCGAGGCCGCCCGCGCCGCCCAGGACGCUGGCGACGCGCUCUGCCGGGAGGCCGCCGCGGCGUCGGAGGCCGCUGGGAAGGUCGUGGAGGACAAGAGCGCCACGCGCGAGGCGCACCACGCUCUGGUGGCCAGGCUCGAGCAGGAGCACGCCGAGGCGCAGGCGAGGGAGGCGGUCGUGGUGGAGGCCCGGGACAAGCUGCGCGCGGAGCAGGCCGAGCUCGCCGCCGUCCUGGAGGACUUCCGCUGCCUGAGCGCCGGCUCCUGCCAGGGUGACGGCAGGGACACGGCGGCCGAGGCCGUGCAGGCGUACGCCAAGGCCCACGGCGUCGAGCCGGCCCUGGUGGCUGCCCUGCCCGCAGCGCUGAAGGCGCCGCCGGAGGCGCGCGGCGCGUUCGAGGCGCUGGCGCUGGAUUCCUACGCCGGCAUCCUGUCCUCGGCGAAGGCCCAGCAGGACUCGAGGCUCGCCGCCGGGAUGGAGGAGGAGGCCGACGCCGUGGCGGAGGCGCUGGGCCUGUGGGCCCUCCACGACGAGGAGCGGCAGGCGGAGCUCGAAGCGAGGGUCGCGGUGGGCGAGGCGAAGGUGGCCCUCGAGGCUGCGGCUGCAGCAGAGAAGCAGGCGGCCGCCGCCGAGCGCGAGGGGGGGGCAGAGAUGACCAGGCGCCUGGUGGAGCAGACGCUCGCCGACGAGCAGUGCAGCCAGCUGAAGCGCGCCCUGGAGGCGCUGGAUCGGCUGAUCUACGGCGCGUGCGCGGAGCCGGAGCCCGAGGCGGCCGUGGGGGCAAAGGCCGCGGAGCACGCGCGGGCCACGGCGAACCCCUUCGGGGUGCCCACGCCGAUGGUGUGA